AUGGACUCGUCUGUGGUUGAUGGAGGAAGAGCUGAGGAAGAGUGUGAGACAGCAGACAGGAAGAGGGACCUGCAGGACCUCCUCAGACAGGAAAUGGACAUGCAUCUUACUGAGGGCAGGGCCAGUGUCCAAAGGAAUCAGGAGAGAGUGAACCGCAUCACACAGCUGAAAGAGGAGAUCAGAUUACAGGAGACGCACAGAGAUUCCGGCCAAUCACACGCCACCAGCACGGCGGAUCAUGAGAAACUCCUGGAGCGCAGAAUGACUCUGAGAGAGACUCACGAGAGACUGAUCGAGAACGAACUGAUGAAGAUGGAGAGAGAAUUACAGGAGGAGCAGAUGGGUGGUGUGGAGGGCGAGAUGUCGUACCUGCGCAGAGAGAGACACAUCCUGGUUCUUCAGAUCGAGGCACUGCGCAGGGAGAACCAGCAGGCGUAUGCAGACCUGGAGACCCAGAGCAGACAACACCAGCAGGAGAUCAACACCCUCAGAGAAGAGAGUCUGCAGGUGUUCAGGGCAUUUCGUGAGGUUCUGGAGGAACAGAGGCAGAUGUCUGAGAGAAGGUACAGGAAUCUGCUGUUAGACGCCAUUCAGGACGCGGUUCAUCUGUCCUCACAAAACCUGCAGCUCCAGGAGGAAAUCCAGCAGCUCCAUGACACAUCUGAUCCAACACGGGGAAAAGAAGUCACUGGAAAAGAUCAAAUCGAGUUCUUUUUAGCUUAA